AUGGGUGGGAUUAGCGUGCCAGCUCAGAAUGCUGUUAUUCCCCCGGUGCAGCAGCAGCCGCUUGUUGUGUCUGGCAUACGUGUUCUCCAUUAUCGCUGCAAUUUCGGAGCUUCACUGGUGUUUAAGUGCCUCAGCGAAGGGGGUGUCCACGUGCUUAACUUGUGCCUACUCGCCAUGCGAAAGACGCCAGAUGCUGCAAAUCCGGAAUUUUCGCUUAGACAGUGGUGCCAGGUUCCCAGUGAUUACAGAGCAUGGGCUCUGGAUGCACUACAUGACCAUCAGAUCAACUUCCUUAACGGCAAAGUUCGAAAAGCCCAGCCUUCGGGUGAAGCUUCAGGAGCCCAGCCUUCGGGUGAAGUUUCAGGAGCCCAGCCUUCGGGUGAAGCUCCAGAGACCCAGCCUUCGAGUGAAGCCCCUCGUCCCGCCGCGCGGGCUGAUGAAGAGCCACAGGCCCCACCAAAAGUCCUUCGCAGCUCCCGGGGAAGAGUCCUCUCGCCAGUCCAGCCACGGUCAGCCCUCCGCAGCCAGCCAGCCAGUCAGGUGCCAUCGAGAACCAAUACCCCCGCAAGAAUGGCCUAA